UAAUAAAUGAUGAUUGGAUACAUACAAAGAUAAACUGAGUAACAAGAAUCUAUCCCUUCCAAGUCAGUUCCAAAGCUGGCACCAGCUCCUUCAUCAUUAGGAGUGAUGGCACCCUCUCAGUCCCCUUCUUUGUCUAGGAUAGUGUACUCUUCCAUAAUUUGUCCCGUGGGCUUACUUUAAGCAAGCCCAGGUCUAGGAGCAGUAUCUUCCCCAGAAUCAGCCUAGGAAUUCCUGGUAAACAAUGCCAUCUGCUGGUCAGAACGUGCCAGCUUCCAGGCUGGGAGGAUCUAGGAGAAAAGGGUCUCUUACCUCUUAGUGGGACAAAAGGUACAGAUUUCUCUUUUCCAUUUCACAAAAAAGAAGCACUUCUCCCCCAAAAUAUUAGUGAAUAGGCUGGCAGGCUGAUGAGAGUUUUUGUACAUGCUGUUUGGGGCCUUUGCACCUUCUUAAAUGGCCCGGUAGGGUUUUGAGGUCGGAGGAUCCUAAAAGGGAGUUGCACCAACCCAUGCCAAUGAGUAGAAGACUAGGCCAGAAAGUAUAAAUGCCAAGGCUUAACUUUAGGCCUUUAUUAUUGAAAUUGAGCCUCCUCUCCUUGUUCACCUUGAAGCCUGUGCCCAAGUAUAACCUAUCCAGCAAUAGAAUAGCAAAAAUUUGUACUGCUCUUUGGGGCAAAAGACAUUACCAGAGCAAAGAGUAGGUGUAGUCUCAUCUCUAAGCCAAACAACAAAAUCUGAAUGAGUAGGUAUAGAAAUGAGUAACUCUUAAAAAAUUCAUUUAUUGAAAACAAUUCUCAGAUAAAUAUGCUGACUUACUAUAGUAUUUAAGCUGGCUUUAGCUCCAGGAAACAGAAUGAUAAAGUUGGAAGAAAUGGGCUUUAGGGACAGACUGACCUGUGCUUGAAUGCCCAUUAUUGGCAAGUUAAUGAACUUAGUUUCUGAUAAAAUAUAAGCAAUAAUAACACUCAUGGGGUCUUGAGAUUAUCCAAUAUUGUAUGCCACUCUUAGCUUAUGCCACUUUGAGACUUACCAUACCUUUUUCAAAAUGGCUGAUACCAGUAAACACAUAGCUAAGUCCAUGUCUGGAUCAGACUGAGCAAUUUUCAUGAUAUAGUAUUGUUCUAAAGUGAGCAUUACAUGCAAUUACCAUGGGACCUCUUUGUCACGGUUCUGUAUUGGAGGAAUAGUAGAAAAGCUGUAGAAGAUCUUCACAUGUAGAUCCUGAAUGGGGUAAUAUUUGAGAUGAGCAUUGAAGACAGAGUGGACUUAAAAGAAUUGGAGUCAAGCAGUCCAGGGUUCAAAUCCCAGCACUGCCAUUCGCUAGCAUUGUGACCUCUCUGAUUGUUUGAUUCCUCCCUUAUGAAGUGUUGUGCUCUGCUUACCACAUGAAUACCAACUGAGUAAGUAACAACACUUCGUAAUAUAACAAGAAAACAAGUUGGAGAAACAGGGAGGUGCGAUGCUGUCGGGGUAUACGUUUGUAAGAAGGUGGCCACCAUGUCCUUGAAGAUCCAGACAAGCAAUGUAACCAAUAAGAAUGACCCCAAAUCCAUCAACUCUCGGGUCUUCAUUGGAAAUCUCAACACAGCUGUGGUGAAGAAGUCAGAUGUGGAGACCAUAUUCUCGAAGUAUGGCCGUGUGGCCGGCUGUUCUGUGCACAAGGGCUAUGCCUUUGUCCAGUACGCCAACGAGCGCCAUGCCCGGGCAGCUGUGCUGGGAGAGAAUGGGCGGGUGCUGGCUGGGCAGACCCUGGACAUCAACAUGGCUGGAGAGCCCAAGCCCAACAGACCCAAGGGGCUAAAGAGAGCAGCAUCUGCCAUAUACAGUGGCUACAGCUUUGACUAUGAUUACUACCGGGACGACUUCUACGACAGGCUCUUUGACUACCGGGGCCGCCUGUCGCCUGUGCCAGUGCCCAGGGUGGUCCCCGUGAAGCGACCCCGGGUCACAGUCCCUUUGGUCCGGCGUGUCAAAACUACCAUACCUGUCAAGCUCUUUGCCCGCUCCACAGCCAUCACCACCAGCUCAGCCAAGAUCAAGUUAAAGAGCAGUGAGCUGCAGGCCAUCAAGACAGAGCUGACGCAGAUCAAGUCCAACAUUGAUGCCUUGCUGGGCCGCUUGGAACAGAUCGCUGAGGAGCAAAAAGCCAAUCCAGGAGCACAGCCAGGACACAGAUGCGGAGGAUGGGGCCUUGCAGUAAGCAGCCUGACAGGAGCAAUGGUCACCAGCAGGAGAAAGGCAUCGCCGCCCCAGGCCUCAAGCUGGGCACCCGCCCUGGAUGCCACCCCCCAGCGGGUAUCAGAGGAGAGCGGGCAGCAGGCUCCUCCUCCCCCAUGCAUCCCAGACAAUGUCACAUCCUCUGCAGGUGGAGUUUCCAGCCUACCCCUUCCCUGUGCACCUUCCCUGUGUGCACUGUCCAGGCCAGAGGGCAGAGCACAAGUGUCUCCCCACACUCUGCCUCCCUUCCCCCCAGGACACUCCUAGGCUUGGGGUUUUUCUAUAGGUUUGGAGGGGGGCCCAAAGGAAGGACCCUGACAAUAAAGAGAUUGGAUCCCAA